CUGAUACCUUAUUUGUUGGAGGUAGAGAUGCUGUAUUUGCUCUUGACUUGAAUAAUAUUUCUAGAGAAAUAGCCAGGGAAUACUGGUUUGCUACGCAGGAAAGACAGCUGGAAUGUAUUCGUAGAGGAAAGGACAAGAUAAGAUGCCAGAACUACAUCUUGUUGCUCCAUAAGAUAAAUGACUCUAACUUAUAUGUUUGUGGAACCAAUGCUUAUCACCCAGCUUGUGAUCAUAUGGUUAUCCAUAGGACAAACAUCAGUUUGCAAGGAAAAGCUGAAGACAGCAGAGGAAAAUGUCCAUUUGAACCGACCCUGAAGUAUGCUUCUCUUUUUGUAGAUGGUGCAUUUUAUUCAGCUACUUCAAAUAAUUUUUUGGGAACAGAACCUAUAAUACUUCGCAGUAUGAGGAACCCUAAUUACAUUUCCAUUUCAAUAUUAUCCAGGACAUCUUUUUACUUAAGAGAACAGACUGGCAAGACAGCAUUUUUUAUGGAAUUUUUUCCCAACAAUGGGGAGGAUUGGACACAUCAGCUGUUUGUGCAUACAGUAUGAAAAAUAUUCAAGAUGUCUUCUCCAAAGGAAACUACAAAGGACCAGUAACUGUGGAACAUUCCCAUGUUAAAUGGGUGGUAUACAGGGGAGAAGUGCCAGUCCCACGUCCUGGUGCUGUAAAUAUGAAUUUACUUGUUCUAAUUAAAGAACAGUUUCUGAAUUUUCUUUUUUGGUGUCAAAUUAUCAGUUCAUCUUUUGCCAGUAGAAAUAUAGGAUUUUUAAUCAGUGAAGAUGUACCUGUCUUCUUAUCCUGUUACAGAUAUAUAUAAAGAUUCCUAGAAAAGCUACUUUACUUACAGUUCUGCUUCACAAAGAACAUGGGGUUAUGCUUACCAUGUAAGGAAAAUAAUUAUUCUUCUUUUGUGAAGAUAAGUAGAAAUAGCUGUGAGUUUAGAACAAAAUAAAGUAUUUUUUUAAUACCUGAGUGAAACGUAAAAGCAAUUGUAAUCAUGUUCAUUAUGUUUUGUUUCUAGUGCAUUGAUAAUUUUGCCCGGAGUAUUGGAUAUAACACUUCCUCUGACUUGCCUGACAAAGUUUUGCAGUUUGUUAGAGAUCACCCUCUAAU